GGGGUGGGGGUCCACGCUGUGUACCUGCUCCAAGGUGGUGCGGUGGUCUUCUUUAGCUCCCUGUGUCCACCUGCCUUGUCAGGCUGCACUGCGGCUGUGUUCUGCUGUCCCCAAGCCCCAGCCUGGCAUCCCCUUUCUCCUAUCUCAGGACUCACCUUGAAGCCCCCAUUCUCUGAAAGGCAGACCCUUCCCCAGUAUCUCAUGUGAUACCUGGCUUCCUGAGGCAUUCCUGGGCUGAGGCUGGGCCACACCUCCCAUACCCUUUGCUGCAGGGCUGGGACCCUGGCUGAGGCCACAGCCCCUGACUGGACCUGGAGUGGCCUCAGGUCCUACUUGGGGGAGGGGGGGAAGGGGUAGCUCCAGGUGAGUCCUGCGUGUAUUGUAUGUGAUGGGAUUCUCCAGCAGAGUCCUUGGUGUGUCCUGGGAGGGUGGGGCUACUUGGGGGAGGGGUCUGUACACAGCCUCCAGCCUUGAGUUGAGGGGGAGUUUCUAAGGGAGCCGGAGCCUGCAGGUGGCACAUGUAGUGGUCAUGAUGGUGGGGGACCCACUCCCAGAUCCACAGACGCCUGCCCUCCUUGGACAAGCAAGAUCCUCACUGGGUGGUGACAGCUCCCCUGGGAAGCCCCUGAUGUCCCUCUUGGCGUGCAGUGGUGUGCAGCCUGGUUAGGGCCAGGGCCCUGUGAUGGGAGCCCUGUCCUUGUGGGGGGGCCAAAGCAGGGCCCAUGAGUGGGGAGAGGUGAGGAUUAGGGCUGUAUAGCCCCUGGGACCCCUGCCCCCUUGCUUUCUGCCUCUGCCAGCAAAGCUCUUACCAUAAUGGAAUCAUGAUCCCUGGGUCCUGAGGGAGGAAAGAGGCUGCUCUUCUUGCCCUCCCUUCCUCCACCCCACAGGCAUGCGGGUGUUCUGGUUGGAGGUGGGCUGGGCUCCUCAGCAAGGUGAGGCUAUUUCUGCAGCUCCCACGUGGCCAGCUGUGGGCCGUGGAAGGUCUGUCCACUUUCCUGCUCAGGCCUUAACCAGAGCCUGCCACUCUUGGGCAGCAGGCAUCACUCCUUCCCGCCCCAGCAUAGGCCUUACGAAAAGCCUGGCUGUCCACUGAUUGUAUGGUCUGGGCCUGUCUGGGCAAGUCAGCCCCUGGGCAAGUCCUGUCCUCCUCAGGCCUCAGUGUCUGGUAUGUACCAGAAGUCUGUGCAGGGUCAGCGUCUCCAGACACUGCCUGGCAUGGGAGGGGUACAGGUCCCAUCUCAGCUGCAACCCAGUCUGCUGACUCCCAAGUGGGCAGAGGCCUGAGCUGGAGGAGGUGCAGGGCCAGUCAGGUGUGCAGGGCCCAAGCUCUUCUUCCCUUGUCCCCACCAGAAGGGGACUGAGAGGCUGCCCUGGCUUGCCUUGCCAGGGCAUCAACCUUGCACUGGGGCUCUGCAGCCUCACGCCCACACUUGUCCCCAGAGAGGGUCCUGGCAGUGCUGGGGCUUCUGCUCUGAGAUCAAUGCAGAGCUGCAGGGGGAGGUGCCUCUGGGUCCUUGGCUUUCUCUCCCCUUUGAUGAUGUUCGACAGGUAGGUGUGCCCAGCCUGCCUAUUGCUGGGCUUUGGGCAGGGCACUUCAACAAGACAGAGGAGGGGACCCUGAAGGCAGCCAAGGACCUGCAUCCAGUUCUCGGGGCCUCUGGUGCUGCCUUUGGCAUCCUGCGUAUCUUCAGUGAGGAUGGCAGCAAACACACAAUGGUCCAUUUCUGCAGAAGCCACAUGUCUGUUCUUUGGGGAGAUUGUGGCUCUUUGAUGGAUUGAGGGUGGCAGCAGUUGGUGGAGGGGGGACCCUGCCUACCUAGCUAUGAGCUCCAGGUGGCUGUUUUCACCCAUUGACCCAGAUGCAGCUCCAUGGGGAUUCUGUGGGUCCCUAGAGUCCAGCCUGCUGGCAGGGCAGGCGAGCCAGGCCCCUGUGUGGAGAGAACCUUAUAGAUGUGGAACAGGAGUGGAGGACUCUCUGUGGCAAGGACUUGGCCUCAGCUGCUAAGAGCUGCAGGGGACAGGUGGAGAGGUCAGGAGACUUGUGUGCAAGAAGGGGGAAUGCUCCUGGUGGGUCCCGGGUCCCAGCUCCACCUGCCCACAGCAAGACCCUGGCCCCAACUUCCUGGCCUGGCAGUGGCCCUUCCUCUCCUCUCCCAAGUGGCCUUGCCAAGGCCACAGUCUGUCCUCUGGAUGCCCCUAGGCCCAGCUAGCAAACUCCUACUCACCCUGAAGCACCCAGCUCUGCUGCCCUGGGAAGCCUGGCCUGCUGGCAAGGGCUGCUUUGCUCUCCCUGCCUUGGACUCUGGCCUCAGUGCAUCCUUGGUCAGUGGGGUGUUGGCAGUCUCCUCCUCUGGGAGCCUUGGAUGCACCUGGAGAGCCCCAGGAUCAGGCUGGGAGGCUGUGGUGUUCUGGGCGUCGGCAUCUGGCUGGCCGCCACGCAGGGGAACUUCGCCACACUGUCCUCCUCCUUCCCGUCUCUGUCGGCUGCCAACCUGCUCAUUGUCACCGGUGCCUUCGUCAUGGCCAUCGGCUUCGUGGGCUGCAUUGGGGCCAUCAAGGAGAACAAGUGCCUCCUGCUCACCUUCUUCGUGAUGCUGCUGCUCGUGUUCCUACUGGAGGCCACCAUUGCUAUCCUCUUCUUCGCCUACACUGACAAGAUUGACAGGUACGCCCAGCGAGACCUGAAGAAGGGCCUGCACCUGUAUGGCACACAGGGCAACGUGGGCCUGACCAACGCCUGGAGCAUCAUCCAGACUGAUUUCCGCUGCUGCGGUGUCUCCAACUAUACUGACUGGUUCGAGGUGUACAACGCCACGCGCGUGCCUGACUCCUGCUGCCUAGAGUUCAGUGAGAGCUGCGGGUUGCACACGCCCGGCACCUGGUGGAAAGCGCCCUGCUAUGAGACGGUGAAGAUGUGGCUCCAAGAGAACCUGCUGGCCGUAGGAGUCUUUGGGCUGUGCACGGCGCUGGUGCAGAUUUUGGGCCUGACUUUUGCCAUGACCAUGUACUGCCAGGUGGUCAAGGCGGACACCUACUGCACGUAGGCUGCCUGCCAUGCCUGCUUCUCUGCCAAAGGCCACCACCUGCUGGGAGAUGGCCACACUUAACACCCACCUUUCCUGACAGGAUUUGGUGCUGCAUUCAGGGCUGGGCACAGGGGAGGGGAGGAGCAGGUGCCUGUAGCCCCUGGAUUGCCCUCUCUGCACUGGGUGGGAGGAGCAGCCCAGUGUGGCUGUAGUAUCCAGGGCUGGGGGCACGGGGGGCUUCCGGCAUUUUUAUAUCUGUGUAGUCUCUAGAGCAGUGUUCACGCAGGGUGGGGGGUGCAGGGGCCAGGUCUCAGCUGAGGUUACCCACUGGUGCUGGUGCCCCAGGCAGGGUGCAGGCCCUGUCAUCCACCUUCCAUCAGGCACAAGGGCUCCAGGUAUCUUAAUAAAAGUGCGUGAGCAGCAGCCCCAGUGUGUGUCCCUGGUUUCCUCCCUGAGGUGCUGGCUAUGGCUGUGGACAUUCCCACCAAUGCAACCUGGGACUUGUUGUGGGGUUGGCUGCAGAGGACAGAGCCACAGACCUUCAGUCUGAAGGAAAGCCCUUGUAGAAGCCCUAGAAGUGGUAUGGAGGCCCCAGGGGAUGUUCCUGAGCACCCUCACCAUCCACUCCCUGUCUGGGCACUGCCUCUCUCCAUCUCAUCCCUCCCCAAGGUGUCCUCUCACCCCAUGAUCUGCACCCCUCUUUCUUUCUAGGAGCUCUGCUCUUCUAUGUGGACUGGCAGGAGCAAAAUAAUUGUCAUGCAGUU